AUGGCGAGAGUGAGGAGGAUGAAGCUAGGUUCACAAGGUCUUGAAGUAUCAGCACAAGGACUGGUCUGCAUGUGCAUGUCCUUCAAUGGUCCUCCGAAGCCCGAUUCCGACAUGAUCGCCCUCAUCCACCACACCAUUAACUCCGGAGUCACCUUACUUGACACUUCCGACCGCUAUGGUCCUUUCACCAACGAAAUACUCAUUGGCAAGAUGGGAGAACUCAAGAAACUCAUUGAAGAGUGUAAAAUAAAGCAUAUAAGUUUAUCCGAGGCCUUUGCUGCAACAAUCAGAAGGGCACAUGCAGUUCAUCCAAUAACAGCUCAAGGAAGGGAUGCACGUGCACCCCAUCACAGCUUGCAAGGAAAUGAUGUGUGCCCCAUACCCGGCACCACUAAGAUUGAAAACUUUAACCAAAACAUUGGUGCUCUAUCCGUGAAGCUAACGAAGGAAGAAAUGGCCGAACCCGAAGCCAUUGCUUCAGCUGAUACUGUUAAAGGUGAUAGAUUUAGGGCAUUUCAAUCACUUGGAGGGAAUCAAACACUCCCCCAAUGUCCUCGUGGAAGGGCGAAUAAACAAACCCCCAUUGUCUUUGUGGAAAGGUGA